AUGGGUGUUUACACAAAUGUUCAUGUUCUUCUUGAAGUUUUAUUUUUUACCUCAUUGUUGCUCAAGUCUUGUUCAGCUCUAGAAAGAUUUUCUUCUAAUUAUGUUUUUGGAGAUUCUUUGGUUGAUGUUGGUAACAAUAACUACAUUGCAACUUUUUCCAAGUCAAAUUACUUACCAAAUGGACUUGAUUUCCCUCCCGGACGUAAUCCUACUGGAAGGUUUUGUAAUGGAAGAACGGUCGUUGACAAUAUAGGUCUAGAAUUGGGCUGGAGAACUUUUACUCCGGCAUACUUGGCACCAACUACAGUUGGAGAUGUUGUCCUUGAUGGAGUUAAUUACGCAUCCGCAGCUAGUGGAAUUCUUAGAGGAACAGGCAGAAAUUACGUUGGACGUAUCAACAAUGACGCACAGAUAGAUAACUUCGCUAAAACAAGGCAAUACAUAAUCUCAAGAAUGGGUUCUUCUGCGGCUUCGGAACAUUUCGGGAACGCUUUAUUCUCUUUCACAACUGGUUCUAAUGAUUUCAUUAAUAACUACUUGUUAAGUCAUACAACUGCAAUCUUGAUUAGCCCAGAGACGUUUGUAAAUCAAAUGAUUGGAAGAUUCAAUGUGCAAUUAAGAAGACUGUAUGAUAUGGGUGCUAGGAGGAUUAUCGUUGUAAAUGUAGGACCAAUUGGUUGCAUUCCUGACCAACGGGAUAAGAACCCAUUGGCCAGAAAUUCAUGUGUUGAUUUACCGAAUCAAUUAGCAAUAUUAUUCAACAAAAAGUUGAAGACUCUGAUAAUGGAUUUGAAUUCAGAUCUACCACAAUCUAAGCUCUUAUAUGCAGAUAUUUACCACAUUGUUUCUGACAUCAUUCGGAAUUAUCAAUCUUACGGUUUCGAGAAUUCCAAUAGUGCAUGUUGUAGACUUUCUGGUAGGUUUGGGGGUUUGGUUCCAUGUCUUCCACCAUCUGUAGUUUGUCCGAACCGAUCUAAGUAUGUAUUUUGGGAUUCAUUCCAUCCGACUGAUGCUACUAAUGUCAUCAUCGCCAAGAGAGUAUUCGAGGGAGGUCCUAACGACAUAUACCCGAUGAAUAUUCGACAACUAUUGCAGGCUAAUUAG